GGGCAGAAAACGGAAGCUCCGAAGUCAUAUGAUCGAUUUGUAAUUCCUUGUGGCACAUCGUUAUUCCCUUCAUUCGUUGUAAAGAUGGCUAGCCAGACGCAGGGUAUUCAACAACUUUUAGCAGCCGAAAAACGUGCUGCAGAAAAGGUUGCAGAAGCAAGAAAGCGUAAAGCUAGUAGGUUAAAGAAAGCCAAAGAAGAAGCUCAAGAUGAAAUUGAAAAAUAUAGGAUGGAACGUGAAAAACAAUUUCGUCGAUUUGAAGCCAAGCAUAUGGGUUCGAAAGAAGAUGUAGCUGCACGUAUUGAAGCUGAUACUCGAGUAAAGAUUGAAGAAAUGAAUAAAGCCGUCUCUGUGCAUAAAGAUAAAGUAAUGUAUAAAAUCUUGGAGUUGGUGUAUGACAUUAAACCACAAUUGCACAAGAAUUUUAUCGUAGAAUAAUAAACAUUAAGGAAUAUAUUCAACAAUUAUAAAUAUUACAUUUGAUGCUAUACGUGUACAUUAAAUAUUCUUUGCUAUAUCAUAUCUUAAAAUAUAUUUAUCACCGUUAUGUUAUACGUUGAUCAGGAAAUAUCUAUAUACUGUUUAGUCAUAGACGGUGGUAUUUAAAUUCUUAGAGUCUUUUCCGCAAUUGUUACACGACAAUAAAUGUAACUGUAACUAUAUUAUUAUUGAAGCUUCAACCACCAACAUAUAUAAAUAUACAAUCACAGAAAUAGCACAGUAACGAGAAUGGUAUAAGUUUAGGUAAAGAAACAUCCUCUACCUGUCGUUUCAAGGCCUAGAGACGACAGAUAGUGGUGAACACGAAUGUUUUAUUAGUACUGUUUAAGGUGGUGGUAACAAAAUGUAUAAUGUUAAUGUAUAUUGGUAGAUGUCAUUCCAUGAUCUGUAACAUCGAGGACGAACAUAAUAUAUUCGUGUUGUCUACAAACUCUCCAGGUUUACGGAUAAGCUCCCAAUCCUACGUAAACCUUGUGAACAUGUAGAAACAUAAUAUAUUUCUUAAACAUUAUAUGCUUUGUUAAGUUUAACGAUAGGGGUAAGCUUGCCUCGUGUGUAUACCCUGUCUCUGUAAGUUGGUUGAUUGUCUGUACAGUAUUAAUGUUCAAAAUAAAAAAGAAACAAAAAAUAAGAACGGUAA